GCGAGAGACCCCCAAAGUGUCUCGUCCAGUCUCCUCUCGCGUCUUCCUCCUCGUCGUCGCCCUCGGGCUGGUCGGCGGAGCUUCCCGAAGCGCCUUUCCUGCAUGGCUGACGCGCUGCCUCGGACUUGGCCCCCGGACACCCGCGCGCCCUGAGCGGCAGCCGCGCCUCGGCUUCCCGUGCGGCUUUGCCGGCCUCCCUGCGCGCCGACGGGCGCGAUCCAGCAGCGGCUCUCCCGGCCGGGCCCCAGCGGCUUCGGCGGCGAGCAGUGGCGGCGACGGAAGCGGCCGCAGCCCCGGCAGAGAGACCAGCUUCUUCACCAGCAGCAGCGGCGGCAGCAGGAGCAGCUUCGGCGGCGGCGGCGGCGGCAGCAGCAUCGCGCGGCUCCGGGCUCCUUCCUUGCUGCUGCUGCCUCUUUCGUGCCGGUCGGCCGGGCGGGCGCACCGCUAGCCCGCCGCGGACGGUGCGGGGCUGGCUGGCCCGGCAGGGUGUCCGGCGAGCCGGUCGCCUCCUCUUCCUCCCUUUCCUCCUCCUCCUCCUGCUCCUUCCCCCCGUCGCCCUCUCCUCCCUCUCCUCCCCAGGGUCACCCUCCUGAAUGCCUCUCCCGACAGCCCGCUUCGCCCUGGCUGCUUUUGCAACUUGAAAAGGGACACGUUUCUGGGGGGGGAGGGAGGGAAGGGACUGAGAGAAGAAGCAGGAGGAGGAGGAGAGCGGGGGACACCAUCCUGCUAGACAGGGGGGGUUAAACCCUCUGGAAUUCCAUUGUCUCCCCCCUUGCCAAAAGAAAAGAAAAAGAAGCCACUCCACAUUAGAGAGAGGGAAAGAGAAAGAGAGAGAGAGAGAGGAAGAAGGAAGGAAGGAAGGAGGGGGCAGGGCAGCAGAAAGAAGCAGAAAAAGAUCGGCAGCGGAGAGGCGGCGGCGGCAGCCACAGCAGCAACAGCCGCGGAGAGGCGGGAGGAGCCCCGAUCCCUCGCCUCUGCCCCCCCCCCGCGACAAACCCAAGCAGCCGCCCUUCUCUCCCCCCUUACCCUACCCCACCCCCCUUCCCCACCCCGACCCCGACCCCCACCCCUCCUCCUCUCCCGGCCUCUUCUCCGGCAGCCCAUCAUCACCACCAGGCACCCCCCUCUUUUUUUUUCCUCCGUGGGCCCGAGAUAUGGCAAUGGUAGUUAGCAGCUGGCGAGAUGCGCAAGAGGACGUGGCCGGGGGCGGCCCCACCGGAGCAGCUCAGCCGGGCCGGGACCCGCAGCAAGGGGCCUCGGCUGCCCCCCACACGCCGCAGACGCCCAGCCAGCCGGGCGCGCCGUCCACGCCGGGCGACAAGGGGCAGCAGCAGCAGGGAUCGGGCCAGAGCCAGCAGCAGCAGCAGCACAUCGAGUGCGUGGUUUGCGGCGACAAGUCCAGCGGCAAGCACUAUGGGCAGUUCACCUGCGAGGGCUGCAAAAGUUUCUUCAAGCGAAGCGUCCGCAGGAACUUAACGUACACUUGCCGGGCCAACCGGAACUGUCCCAUCGACCAGCACCACCGCAACCAGUGCCAGUACUGCCGCCUCAAGAAGUGCCUCAAAGUGGGCAUGAGGCGGGAAGCGGUUCAGCGAGGAAGGAUGCCUCCGAGCCAGCCGAACCCGGGCCAGUACGCGCUGACCAACGGCGACCCGCUGAACGGCCACUGCUACCUGUCGGGCUACAUCUCGCUGCUGCUGCGCGCUGAGCCUUACCCGACGUCCCGCUACGGCAGCCAGUGCAUGCAGCCCAACAACAUCAUGGGCAUCGAGAACAUCUGCGAGCUGGCGGCGCGGCUGCUCUUCAGCGCCGUCGAGUGGGCCCGCAACAUCCCCUUCUUCCCGGACCUGCAGAUCACCGACCAGGUGGCCCUGCUGCGCCUCACCUGGAGCGAGCUCUUCGUCCUCAACGCGGCCCAGUGCUCCAUGCCCCUGCACGUGGCGCCCCUCUUGGCCGCAGCAGGCCUCCACGCCUCGCCCAUGUCCGCAGACCGCGUGGUGGCCUUCAUGGACCACAUCCGCAUCUUCCAGGAGCAAGUGGAGAAGCUCAAGGCCCUGCACGUCGACUCGGCCGAGUACAGCUGCCUCAAAGCCAUCGUCCUCUUCACCUCAGAUGCGUGUGGCCUCUCGGACGCGGCGCACAUCGAGAGCCUGCAAGAGAAGUCUCAGUGCGCCCUGGAGGAAUACGUGCGGAGCCAGUACCCCAACCAGCCCAGCCGCUUCGGCAAACUGCUCCUCCGGCUGCCUUCGCUGCGCACAGUCUCGUCGUCGGUCAUCGAACAGCUCUUCUUCGUCCGCUUGGUAGGUAAAACCCCCAUCGAGACGCUCAUUCGAGACAUGCUGCUCUCCGGCAGCAGCUUCAACUGGCCUUACAUGUCCAUCCAGUGUUCAUAGAGCACCUCCUGGGCUCCCCCGCUUAGAGACCCUGAGAGGAGGAAGGCCUCCAGCCCAGCCAGAGACCGGCCCAGACAACCACCACCUUGGGGGCGCACGCAGCCGGGUGGGGGGAUCCGAGGAGAGAGAGAGAGAAGCAGAAAGAAAGGGAGGAGGAGGACACAGAGAGAGAGAGAGAUAGGAGCAGACCCCUCAGACACUGCACGAAAGACUCGCUUAGGAUCAGACCCCGGCUGAGAGAGGCGGUGAUGGUGA